CGUGAACUCAGGAUAUGUGCCAACCUCAACCAUCCAAACAUUCUCCCCGUUUUUGGUUAUACAUAUGGCUUUGGCCCAUUUCUAGCAAUAGUCAGUCCUUGGGCGGAGAAUGGUAACUUCACGGUCUAUUUAGAACGCGAGGGUGCAGCUCUUACUCUCGUUAGACGAUUCCAGCUGGCAAUUCACGCCAACAGUGUCAUUCAUGGUGACUUCAAUGGGCCUAACGUGCUGAUCCAUGGUGAUGGCACUGCAUGUGUUGCUGACUUCGGCCUCUCCUUGAUGUAUUCAAAGUUUGUAAGCGCCUCUCAGGCUUCCUGGACAUCCACGCUCAAAGGCAACAUGCGAUGGAUGGCUCCUGAGCUUCUUGGAGAGCGGGAGGAUGGGUCUCAAGCUCGGCCAAGCGCGCAGAGCGACAUGUAUUCAUUUGGCGGUAUCAUGCUGCAGGUCCUCACCAACAAAGUACCCUAUUAUCACUUCACGAAUGAUGCCGCCAUCAUACUUUGCAUAGCCAAGUCGCAAACGCCUUCCCGAUAUCGUUAUCCUGAGCUCCCUGAACAAUACUGGCAAUUUAUCGAGCAAUGCUGGUCUACUCAUCCUUGGAACCGUCCCUCGACGGAGGGAGCUGACACUGCGAUCAGCAAUGAAUUUGACUCGUUGUCCAGACCUAGUUGA